GAGAGAUUGAGCAAAGAUGCAGAUAAGAAAAAUUUGAUUUGUUCUUUGGGAGGCACGAACAAGGAGAAAGAGAAAGAAAAAAAAAAGGAGAGAGGAGAGAGAUGGCCGAAUAGAAAGAAGACGGUAGUGGCCCUUGAUCUUGAGAUUGAGAACAACCUGCCUCACAAUGCUUAUAUGAAAUACUUUGGCCGUAAUAAUCUACUUCACCUAGAGGAGGAUCCCAAACUAAAAACUAAAAAUACAGCAGGACCCUCUGGUGACCGGCGGUAACCUCAUCUUUCUUCCCUUUCUUUGUUUCUUUUCCCUGUCAGUCCAUCGUCCCC